UGUGUAAGCAUCAGGUCAAAUCAGUAAAAAAAAAUAACAGAAAAGUUGUUCGAUUUUUUUUUAGUUAGUUCGUUUUUUUUUGUUCUGUUUCCAUCCCGCAUAGUAGGUGGCGGGUGCACAUACAAUUGUGUGAUUGCCAAUACACCAUAGAAGAAGAAUGGAUGUAGCUAUAAAAAUGAAACGUGCCCAGUGAUGGUACGGUAGCAGCAACUUCGCAGCGGUGCAUUGACGCGUGUCUUUUCAGGUGUCAGUCCGGAGUGCGUAUAGAGCAGUAAAGAUGUCCAUGGUCCUGUUUGCCUUGGUGAUGAGGAGUACGGAUGGUCUACCCCUGUCUGCCACCACAGACUAUGAGCAGGACGAAGGCCUACAGGAAACCAAGAAGCAGAUCAAAACUCUGUCUGAGAAACUCUCCACGUUCCCAAGCCGCUGCUCUCUGAAGACAGGAAAGUUCAAUAUCCAUUUCACCAGUUCUCUGGGAAUAGGAUAUCUGGUGGUGUGUACGGAGAACUGUCCCAACGCCAUGGCCUUCUGUUUCCUGGAAGAGCUGCAGAACGAGGUUCUCCAAAGGUGCGACGGCUUUCUCAUCCGCAACGCUGUGAGGCCUUACUCCUUCAGAGAGUUUGACGACUUCCUCCAGGAUACGAAGCAGCGCUACAAUAACUCCUGCUCUCUGACCUCUAAGAUCAACCUGGCUGACAUGCAGUCAGAGCUCAAGAUGAUACCGACAUACCAGCUGUCCUCUGAGGACCUACGGUUCGGCUUCUCACGCCGCAAGGUCUUCCAGUACAAGAGCAUAACUCCCAGCCAGCAGUUUGAGCCGGUGUCUCUACCUGGCAUCAUCUCCUGUGUGCUAAGCAUCUUCUGUGGAGGCCUCAAUCUACUCCAAGGGUUUCAUGCCGUAGAGGGCUUUAUGCAGAGUUACAACGACGAAGACUUUAAUGACAUGAUUUCCUUUUUCCUGGGCACAGCAGCUGGUUUGUAUCAGUUUUACCUGUUUGCUUACUUCUCUGUGAGGAGGAACAGUAAGUCAUUCCUGGCCUUCGCCCUGAUCUGUCUGUCCAACAUCUGCCUGUUUGAACUGAGGAACGUGUGGCAGAUCCUCUUCCACGUGACUGUAGCGGCCUUCAUGACACUACAGAUCAGACUGAGGCAGCUGCAGAGCAAAUCUCCGGACUACAACGUCUGACAAACCACAACCACGAGACUUACAACCAAACAACAAGAGUGGGGUGGGGGAGAUACUAAAACAAACCAACUUUGUCUGAAAGAUACUUACCGCCAACAGCAAAACUAGAAACCACUACAAUGUCUAAGGAAAAGAGGUAUCUCUGCCUUUAUCUUCCUUCCAUUGCUUCUCCACCACAGCUCAGGUUUGAUGGAUGCUGAGCUCACUCGAGUGACCUCCAAAGUGAUGCAGACCAAUAGGAUUAAUGGGUGGUGCCGCUACAGCUAAAUUAUUAGUUAAUUGGCUAAUAACAAUCAUGAAUGUCUUUGGUGGAAUUAACAGGAUUCUGAACAGGGGUUUCUGUCUUAGACUAUUAGGACAUGUUAGUAAAUUGGACUACUGGAGACCAGGGUUUCUUAAUGUGGUCCUCUUUUUGCCAUGUGUACUGCAUGUCCAGUGAGGGUUAGGCCAGUACUCAACUGUCAUUCUCUGAAUCCCUGACAUCCCAUACGUGUCUCACAUGUUUAGACCAUUUUUGUAGUUCAAUUUUUUGUUGUUGACAUGGCUAGUAAAUAUUUGUAUUGAUUAUGAAUUUACUUUUGAAUAAAUGAUGUGCAUGAUUA